AUGUACCAAAUUACAAUAAUCGCAAAUAUAUAAAUAUAGGAAAAUUCAAUUUACUUGUUGUAUCUUUUACUAUUAAUCACUCAAAAUUCAAUGAAUAAAGACACAUAUAGGAAACUACACGAGUCUAAUUACCUCUGUAUCGAUUGGAGGUUCCAUAAGUUCAGCUUUUGUCAAUAUGCAGGUCUUCCAAAACAGCAAGAAGGUCGGCAAUGGCAUGUGACCUUUUUUCUUUUUCUUAAUAAAAUAUGAAGCUCACAACUUGCUCAUAUCUCAUCACCAUCAACAGCCAUGCAACUCCAUAUUCCAAAACAACUAAACUACUACUUCUUCUUCACGUAGCCAGUCAAAUCUUUUCUUGCUAACUGUGCUUACCUUCUUCUUCAAGUACGACGUACCCAACUCUUUCAUUUCUCCUUAUAUAUCUUGAAUAAAAGCAUAUUGCUUUCAAGAAUUUAAACAUGAAGAGGCAAAGGAAUGUGGAACCUCAAACUAGAGCUUCAAAAGCUAUGGCGAAGAAGAAAGGCAAGAGGGUUGUUGAGGAGCUGGAAGAGGAAAGGAAGAAUGGGGCCUGCGGAGGUGGAGAACCGAGUACAGGAGUGGUGGAGAGUUGUCUGAAUUGGGAGGAGUUGGCGUGGUUAAGGCGGGGUGUUGUGGAUGAGCAAAUGUCGUGGGGGUCAAUUUGGUUGCCGUUUUGGGAUGUGGAGUACAUGGGUGAGGCUUGCAGUGAAAUGUUUAGUGAUGUGGUUUGGGAUUAUGAUAUUUGGAACUUGAAGAGCAUUCAGCAGGUACCGAAUCCAUAACAGGCUUUGUUUGAUACAGUAGGAUUAAUCCAUAAUUGUUCUACUUCUUUUAUUAAUUAGGCUCUUAAAUUCUUUUAGUUAAUAAGAUUUGACUUGAUUUAGAACUUGCAAUCUUUUAGCUCUGAUGAGAGACUGAUUUUUGUACUGGGGCUACUAUUAAUAAAAAAAGAAACUGCAACAGCCAAAUUCACAAACA